AUGGCGUCACUCAAAGGUCCCGGAGAACCACAACAGUACGAUGGCAGCGCUUUGCGCAUUGGAAUUGUCCAUGCCCGUUGGAAUACGACAAUAAUCGAACCCCUCCUCGCCGGCACCAAAGCAAAGCUCCUCGCAUCCGGCGUCAAAGAAUCCAACAUCAUCGUUCAAUCCGUCCCCGGCUCCUGGGAACUCCCCAUAGCGUGCUCGAAACUUUUCUCAGCCUCGCAAAUCCAAUCUACAACCUCCUCCUCCCUCGGCGCCGGCGACCUCCUUGGGUCCAGCACCACUGACCUAACCACUCUCGACGCACCCGGUAAACCAGGCGCAGCCUUGUCGGGGCCCUUCGAUGCUAUAAUCGCCAUCGGCGUGCUCAUCAAGGGCGAAACCAUGCAUUUCGAAUACAUUGCCGAGUCGGUCUCGCACGGCUUGAUGCGCGUACAGCUGGAUACCGGGUGUCCGUUGAUCUUUGGGCUGCUGACGGUGUUGGAUGAGGAGCAGGCUAAGGCUAGGGCGGGGGUUUCGAGUGGGAGUCAUAACCAUGGGGAGGAUUGGGGUUUGGCUGCUGUGGAGUUGGGGUUUAAGAGGAAGGAGUGGGCAAGUGGGAAGAUGUCCUGA